AGACACGGAAUCUGGCACUAGGGACAUGGAAUGUCACCUCGCUGGGGAGGAUGGAGGAGAAUACAACACUGGGGCUUUCUACAGUCUUGUCAGUUUGGGAAAUCCACACAAAGAGAGGGAAAAUCAAAGAACCUGUAAAUCAGAGCCAUUUCUUAAACCAACAAUGUCCCUAAGCAGGAUCCAAAAAUUUCCCAAAAAGAAGAAAACUCUUGUGCUAGAGGAUUCAAACAAACUGGGGAAGAGCAUGCAGAUGGCCAUCACAGACAACAACAAACAAAACCUACCACAGAAACACCAAAACAAAAAAAAGUGUGCUAGAUGUGAACAGAAGUCUGUAAAUGCAGGUGGUUUGCAGAUUCCCAAGAAAGUGUGGAAAAACCUCACAAGACCAUCAGCUAAAGUCAUUCUGGAUCCAAACACUGCAAAUCCCACUCUCAAGCUGUCUGAGGAUGGACGCUCUGUAAGAACAAAGACCCACAAAGAGUUUCAUUCCAGCCAGAGCAUCUAUGAAUAUCACAGAAAAAGUGCACAACAGUAUAAUGGUUGGAUGUGUGUCCAAGCUAAAGAGGGCUACAGCACAGGCAGGCAUUACUGGGAAGUAGAUGUAAAAGGUAAAUGUGAUUGGAGAGUAGGAGUAGUGAAAGAGUCAGCUCCACGUUCUGGCUUUAUAAAUCUAAACACAGCAGCAGGGUAUUGGACUCUGCGUCUGCAGUUAGGUUCUCUCAUAGCUCUGACUGAACCAAUCACCAAACUGGAUCAGGCACCACCUGCUAAGUUAGGUGUGCAUCUAGAUGUGGAGGAAGGUCAGUUUUCAUUCUAUGAUGUAAUGACAAGGAAAAAGAUUUACACAUUUAACACAGAAUUCAGGAAUUGUGAGAAGAUUUACCCUGUGUUUGGAACCGUGGAGACAGAUAAACCCCUAAGGAUUAUCUAAACAUGACUUUUAAUUGGUCUUUAUGUUGAUUAAAUGAUAUCAUAGUGAUAAUAAGCAUAAAGUUUAAAUUUCCUGUUUUUAAUUUAAUUUCUACUGUAAUAUUGGAGUUUCAUGUAGCAAUAUGAGUUUUAUGUAGCAUUAAGCACACUAAGAAAGAAACUGCACAAAUGCUUCAAAUUUUUACUUUUCUACUUUUAUGUCUAAUCAUAAAUAUUUCAGAUGAUUAGUGGUGAAAAGGUUUUGUAUGUACUUUGUUUCAAAUUAAACUUUAUCACACAAGUAUAGAAUUUAAUGGAAGUAGAAAAAGUUCAAGUUCAAAAAGCCUUGAGUUGUUUUCAGGGCUAUACUUUGGCUUUAUCUAGCAUUUGAUGAAAUUCAUCAAACCUUUAAUGCACUUAACCCUAAAACAUUACAUAACAUAACAUAAACUUUAAUACAUUAUAUAUUGAAUGCAGACCUUUUAUUAAUAAACUCCAGAAACUUUACUCAAAAACUAAUUAUGGUCCAUCAGUGUACAUUAAACCUAAUUAAAGAUACACAAUAGAUACAUUUCCAGGCAAAUGAUGCAUCAUAUGUGUAAAAAUAUCUGGACACCUGAUUGGCACAACUGUCACAUUCAGCCAUUAAGAUUUCUAAUUAGAAUUUCUAAUGAUUUUGGACUUAUUUCUAUAAGAUUCCUAUAAGAAUUGGCGUAUAGGCCAAGACAUAAAUAAUCUGUAGGAUCACUUACAGUACACAGGAUCACUUAUGGAAUCUGUUGGUUUACUAUUCAGUUCUAUAUGGAACUGUUUAAAUUAUCAAUUCAUCUAAAUUAUAUUAAUAUUAUUGAAUAUUAUGUCUUCUCCUACAAUAUAAUUUAUUAUAUGAAUCUUAUAGGAAUGUUUCCAACAUAUAAAUUUUUAAUUAGAAUCCUUUACAACUUAAAUAUUGAAACCUGCUAAGUUAGGUGUGCAUCUAGAUGUGGAGGAAGGUCAGGUUUCAUUCUAUGAUGUGAUGACAAGGAAAAAGAUUUACACAUUUUACACAGAAUUCAGGAAUUGUGAGAAAAUUUACCCUGUGUUUGGAACCGUGGAGACAGACAAACCCAUAAAGAUUAUCUAAACAUGACAUUUAUUUGGCCUUUAUGUUGAUCAAAAGAUAUAGAAUAAUAGAAACAAUAGUCAUAGAGUUUAAAUUUCCAGUUUUUAAUUGAAUCUUUAUAUAUUAAUAUCUUUAAUAUUCACUCAAUCAUUUUCAUGAUUCAGCGUAAUGCUAUGUUUAUAGCAACUGAUGAUUUUAAACUUCUUUAAGAUGAGAUUUAUGUAGCAUUAAGUACACUAAGAAAGAAACUGCACUUUAAACUGAACAUCAAAUAAUAUUAUAGACACACAAUAGAUACAUUUCCAGGCAAAUGAUGCAUCAUAUGGCUAAAAGUAUGCGGACACCUGAUUGGCACAACUGUCACAUUCAGUCAUUAAGAUUUAUAUUAGAAUUUUUAAUGAUUUUGGUUGUAUUUCUAUAAGAUUCCUAUAAGAAUUGGCAUAUAGGCCAAGACAUAAAAAGUCUGUGAUCACUUAAACAGAACUAUUCAACUGUUUAAAUUUUUGGCUUUUUAACUAAAAGUUAUUGAAUAUUAUUUCUUGUCCUAAAAUACAAUUUCUUGUGUGAAUCUUAUGGGAAUGUUUCCAACAUAUACAUUUUAAUUAGAAUCCUGUACAACUUA